UCUCCCCACAGCUUUUAAGGUGAAACAAGCAGAGCACAUUUGAGCAUGCUGCAGUGUUUCAAAAAUGGUUGUUUUUCCUGCUUAAGGCUGACUUAGCUCUUGGUUGUCUACAAGAGAGGACUUGCUGUGUAUCUAGAAAACAAGGGGUGGGGGUAGUUUGGGGGAAGAGAUUAAUCAUGCAGAAUGUACUCUUCCACACCAUCUCUCUGUCAAAUAAGUGAAAUAAUAUUUAGAUCAUUGCUCAUGAACAAAAUCUGGCUACCAGUAUUAAAAAAACCUCUAUAUUCAGGACAGUGAAUAAAGAACAACAUUCAUAAAACAGAGGAAUUCCAGACUUGAAUCAACUAGGGCCAGCUAAUACCUCCCAACAAAAGAUUCCCUCAGGCAGUAAGCAGCCAGACCUUACUGCUGAAAGGCUAUUAAAUGCUAAUCAAGGUAUCCAAUUGAAACAUUCACACCUGCCUCAAACAGACAAGAGUCCUUUCUCCCACCCUGGACCUUCCAGAGAUAUAUAAACCUCACUUGCUUAGUUUCCAACAGACCUCACAACCUCUGAGGAUGACUGCCAUAGAUGUGGGCGAAACGUCAGGAGAGAAUGCUUCUGGAACAUGGCCAUACAGCCCGGAAAACUCGCAGCAAUCCAGUGAUUCUGGCCAUGAAAGCCUUCGACAACACAUUGAAUUUACUUCUAUUAAUAUUCUGAUCAUUGAUACUACCUUUUGAAGACGAGGAGCACAGGACUGCCUGGCUGUGGCUGCAAGGUCUGCCCCUUCCUCCCCCCAACCUCUCUCUCUCUGUUUCUUUCUCUCUUUCUCUCUCACACACCCCUCUUUUGCUCUGAGGGGAAGGGGAUCACACCAACAACAACAAGAACACACGCACCCGCGCGCGCGCACCCACCCACCCACACACACACAAAUUGGAUACAUUUUGAAUAAGCUUUUGGUUCCUUAUCCGGGGACUCGCUCGGCUGGCGUGAUUGGCGCAAAUAGUCACAUGGUGAAACUAACUUUACGGGGUCGCCAGCUAGUAGGAGGGUUUUAUGGAGCAGAAAAACGACAAAGCGAGAAAAAUUAUUUUCCACUCCAGAAAUUAAUGAUCAUGAGCUCGUAUUUGAUGGACUCUAACUACAUCGAUCCGAAAUUUCCUCCAUGCGAAGAAUAUUCGCAAAAUAAUUACAUCCCAGACCACAGUCCGGAAUAUUACAGCCGGACCAGGGAGCCCAGUUUCCAGCACCAUCACCAGGAAUUGUACCCUCCGCCACCUCCUCCUCCGCCACCACCGCCACCUCCUCCUCCUCCUCCUCCUCCACCGCGACCCAGCUACCCCGAGCGCCAGUACAGCUGUGCCAGCCUCCAAGGUCCCGGCAACCCCUCCGUGCAUCCGAGGGGCCAUGGACCACCGCCUGGGGGCCACCAUCUCCCCGAGAAGCCCCCGCAGCCGCAGCUCUGCGACCAAACGGCUCUUCCCAGCGCCGCCACCUCGCCAUCCCCAGCUCCCCCAGCCUGCAACCAGCAAAACCCCGACCACCCCAGCAGCACGGCCUCUAAGCAGCCCAUAGUCUACCCCUGGAUGAAAAAAAUCCACGUCAGUACGGUGAACCCCAAUUACACUGGAGGCGAGCCCAAGCGAUCCAGGACUGCCUACACCAGACAGCAGGUCUUGGAAUUAGAGAAAGAGUUCCACUACAAUAGGUACCUGACCCGGCGAAGGCGGAUCGAGAUCGCCCAUUCCUUGUGUCUCUCGGAGAGGCAGAUCAAGAUCUGGUUUCAGAACAGGCGGAUGAAAUGGAAAAAAGACCACCGGCUGCCGAAUACCAAAGUGAGGUCCACAGCCCCGGCCAAUUCCUCCACCGGCUCCCUCCCGGCGGCUCCUUCCAACGCCAGCGAAGACCAUUCGCAAAGCUCAUCUCAGGAAGCACGAGCAGAGGAUAUUACAAGGUUAUAAACAAACAGAAAAAACAAAACAAAACAAAAACAGAACCGGCAACAGCAACAGCAAAAAGAACCACCUCCCCCCAUAAAAAUGACUCUGAUUAUUUAUAGAAUCUAAUAUAUAUAUCUAAUCUAUAUAUUUUGUUUCUCCUCUCUCUCUUUCUCUCUGUCUUUCUUGUUUCCUCCCCCUACUCCCCCUAUCACCCCCCCUUCGUAGUUUUCCGGUGCGUGUGUAUAUAUACUCCCAUGAGCCAAGAAAAAGGAGAAAAAUACAAAUAGAACCACACAAACACACAAAAGAAUGAGGUCUUUUGCCGAGAUCUCAAGCUUUUUAGGUGCAUGUCUUUAUUAGCAUGAGAGGCCAGGUGAAAUACUUGCUGGUGUUUUUUCUUUUCUUCUGUUUUUUUUAAAGCGCCAUUUUCAGGGUUUUAUUUAUUUUUGUAAAGGGAAGGGAUGAAAGAAUGGUGUGUGAGUGUUCAUUAUUAUGUGUGAGUGUUCAUGAGUGUGUGCAGGGGUGGGGGAAUCUAAUGUUCUGUUUUCGAUGAAAAUGUGAAGCAUAUGCUAAUAAUUACACAGGCAAGGAAAGAAUGCAGUUGUGUUGCUCUCUGUGCAUUUACCAAUGGAGAACAAAAAAGGACAGAGAAAAUGGAUCAUUGAGCGCUUUCUCUUCCCUUUCUUGCUUUUUGUUGUUGUUGUAUAGACGUUGGGGAAAGAUUUUUUACCAAAACGAAGACCGAGGAAAGAGGGCAGAUAGCACAGAAAGCGAUAAACUUAUAUGAUUUCUUUCAAUGUGAGAAGCAAACCAGAGAAGAGGGAGGGCAAAGAGAACAAGAGAGAAAGUUGAAAGAGAAGUAAGUGUCAGUGGGUAGAAUUGGUUUGGGUUUUGUCGUGGUUCUCGUGUUUUUUUUAAUUUCCCUUUUGGAUAUUUUAUUUUGGACUGAUGAUGAUUUGACAUGGUCAUUGUAAACUUGCAAUAAAAAAGAAUUUUAGUGUAUAUGUGAAAGUCCCCUUGUUCAAUAAAAAACAAAACAAAAGCAACCAACAA